UCCCUCUUCCUUUGCUUCUCCUUUACUCUCUCUCUCUCUCUCGCUCUCUCUCUUCAUGUGUGCAUGUGUGUAGUGCUCGUCUUUCCGGCUCCUUCUCCUCCUCUUUUGCAAACAAGCAAAGGCAGCUUGCCCUUCUUGCGCAUUCCGGUGCGGUGCGGUGCCGCUCCGCUCCACUCCACCACACACACGGGCGGCAAGAACAGCGCCCGGCUUUCCUUUUCCAGCUCUGGCUGUGGGCACGGCGGGGUGUUCUUGAUGGGAUUGCUGGCCAAUGGGGAUGAGCUGAGGGCGCUGCGGAGAUAAAGAAACCAGGAUAAGUUUCUAAAUUCAGCCGGCAAAUCCGUGCAAGAUUUUGAAUUUGUGAGAGCAUCUGUGAUACAAUUGUUGAUCGGAAGGAUAUGUCGUCCGACAACAACUCCAUCAGUGCAGCACUAUCACAGACUACGCCCGUGCUCCGCUUGAGAGUAUGGGUCUUGAUUGCUAUUGGCAUUGGGAUACUGAUGGCAAUUUUGUUCAUCAUAGCAUUGUGGCUCUCUAUGAGGAGGAAAAAGAAGACGACCGUAGGAUUUGACAGUAGAUCGCAGAUGGAGAUUCCUGUUGUGUCAAAGGAUAUCAAUGUUGAUAGAGUUGAUGCACAGAGCCUGCAUGACAGUGGAACACCUAUCAUGUCAGUGCAGGAUAAAUAUGAACAGAUGAAGGGUGUUUCGCAUUUGGCAGAGAGUAGAUCUGUUGAUGUCGAUGCAUUCAGCCAAUGCAGCUCAGUGUACAACAUAGAGAAGGCUGGGAGCUCAUAUUCUGAAGAUUACAGCAGCUCUGGCCCGGCUAGGAAAGGCAGUUCAUCAUAUGGCUAUGCGUCUGCUUCACCGCUGGUUGGCUUACCUGAGCUAUCACAUUUGGGCUGGGGUCACUGGUUUACCUUGAGGGACCUCGAGUAUGCAACAAACCGGUUUGCAAAGAGUAAUGUCUUGGGGGAGGGUGGCUAUGGAAUUGUCUACAAGGGUCAAUUGAUGAAUGGGACUGAGGUUGCUGUGAAGAAGAUCCUUAACAAUGUGGGCCAAGCAGAGAAGGAAUUUAGAGUCGAAGUUGAAGCCAUCGGUCAUGUUCGGCAUAAGAAUCUGGUGCGGCUUCUGGGGUACUGUGUGGAAGGGAUACACAGGAUGCUAGUCUAUGAAUAUGUCAACAAUGGCAACCUAGAACAAUGGCUUCAUGGGGCCAUGGGCGGGGGAAUCCUUACUUGGGAGAACCGUAUGAAGAUUCUCCUUGGCACUGCAAAAGCGCUUGCAUACCUUCAUGAAGCCAUAGACCCCAAAGUUGUACACCGGGAUAUUAAGUCCAGUAAUAUAUUAAUUGAUGACGAAUUCAACAGCAAGGUUUCUGAUUUUGGGUUGGCCAAACUACUGAGUUCUGACAGCAGCUACAUCAAUACAAGAGUGAUGGGAACAUAUGGGUAUGUUGCACCUGAAUAUGCGAAUAGUGGAAUGUUGAAUGAAAAGAGCGACAUUUACAGUUUUGGAGUUGUGUUGUUGGAAUCUGUGACUGCUAGAGACCCAGUUGAUUACAGUAAACCUGCGGAUGAGGUGAAUCUUGUAGAAUGGCUUAAAAUGAUGAUUAGCAGCAAGAAGGCAGAGGAUGUAGUGGAUCCAAAACUUGAAAUUAAGCCCCCAAAACGGGCCCUUAAGCGGGCAAUCUUGGUUGGCCUGAAGUGUGUUGAUCCAGAUGCUGACAAAAGGCCAAAAAUGAGUCAUGUUGUCCAAAUGCUUGAAGCAGUUCAGAAUGCAUAUCGACAAGACCAGAAAAAACCCAGCCAGAUGGGAAGCAUUGAUAUCGAGUCACAGCAGUCUGUAGAGGAUAUUUCAAACAGUGCUGAUUCCUGAGGAUCCAAUGCUGAACAGGCACAAAAUAGGACAUAUGAAAUCAUUUUAUAAUCCCGUCUGGUUUGAUCAAUAUUCGAUAGUUCAACAUUAUGAGUGCAACUGGUUUAAUUUUAGCGAAUACUGAAGGCCAUAAAGGCAUAGGAGUCGUUCAUUUUCCAUUUCUUCUUCUCCUUUUUGGAGGAGUGCUUCUAUACUCCCCUGAAAGAAUCGCCCUACUUUGUUUUGUGUAGAUGAGUCCUACUCGUUUACAUUAGGAUAUGUUUAGUUAUCUUUCAGGGGAGCACAGAAGCACUUUCUUCAUCUAUACCAUUUGAGUUACCAGGAGGAACUGACCUCGAAGGCAUGACAAGCAACAAGAUUUUGUUACCCUUGUAAAGAACCCUUGUCUAUCUUCAGUUUUACCAUAAAGUACAGAGUUUUGUUUGUGUACCAUGUGUGAGAAUUUCUUCUUAAUUAGUAUGU